AUGGCGACAUACGGCACGCGAGCGGGGCUAGGAGGCUCCGGGAUUUCCGGGGGAGGCGGAGCGUCUGAAAUCCCUCUAUGGCAGGGCGAUGCGGAGAGAGAACAGUACGAGAGUUUCGCUGAUUUGUACGCGAUUAUAAAGACUACUGAGAAGCUCGAAAAGGCGUACGUCCGGGAUUUGAUCUCCCCCGCGGAUUACGAGCCCGCUUGCGCGAAGCUGAUUGGCCAGUUCCGGACGCUUCGCACCGCGCUGCAAGGCGCCGUGCCCGAUAUAGAGCGAUUCAUGACAACCUCACCACCCCCACUUCACCCGCUCCUCUUACUCCCCAGCAGCUCUCCCUGUUCACUAAUGAGCUCUCCAUUUCCCACACCCCACAUUCCCUUGUUUUCCCGCUACCUCCGACCCCUCCGCACCCCCUUCCACCCACUCGACCCCCAAGUGCACCCGCUGCACUCUCUGCUCCUCAACUCCCUCUGUAGCAUGCCAUCUCUACCACCCGAGUUCGAGCGUAGCAAGGUGCAUCCGUUGCUCUCCCUGCUCCUCAACUCCCUCUGCAGCGUGCCCUCAUUACCAGCCGAGUUCGAAGGCCGUACCAAGGUCAGGGACUGGCUCGUGCGCCUCAACAGCAUGGCUGCUAGCGACGAGCUGUCGGAAGAGCAGGCGCGGCAAUUGAGUUUUGACCUUGAGUCGUCGUACUCUGUGUUCAUGCAAUCACUUGGAAUAAAAAGCUGA